AUGCCCCAGGCUCUCUGUGGGAACUGCCGGGCAGGUGAUCCGCUGGCCGGGCCAAUAGUAGCGGUCGCUGCCAAGGCAGGGGGUGCUCCGGCUGUGGUGCUCAGACCCUCCAGCAGGCUUGACUGGGAGGCAGAGAAGGGGGAUGAGGCUGAGGCUGGAGAGACGGUGAAGGCCACUUUGAGAGCGUGCAUUGUAAUGGCCCCCAGAAGAUGCGCCUGUCCACCAUGGAGCGCCUGCCCAAAUGCCAACGGGGUCUGUAGUGUGCCCCUCACCUCAUCCCCACCCCACGCCGCUCCCCAAGCCCCUCCACAUUUAGGCAGCAUUGCACCAUUGGUGGUGCUGGGCCUGCUGGAGCAGCUGGCCCUGGCGCCUUCCCACGUGUGGGGCAAGGCCCUGAGCGUGCUGCAGCAACUUUCCAAACCUGACCCAAGCCUGACACCUCGUGGCCACAUCGAGAAGUGCAACCGCAGCCUUAUGAGAAAGCACCUGGGUGUUGCCGGGAGGAUAACAGAGGCGCCAGCUCACCAAACCCAAGAGCAGGGCUCCCGGACCCCCGGCCACCCCCUGCCCCCAGCAUCCCCUCUGGAACUGGCCUCCACCCCCACGGCCUUCUGGCCCAGCCCCUGUGUGCUGGCCUUUGGGAAUGUGGGCGGCGGGGGCAACAGCCCCCUGCAGAGGGGACGCCGCUGGGACUUGCAGAAGGAAGUGAAGCGAAAAGCCCACCUUGCGAGCAGGACCCCUGAGGAGGGGAGCUCGCCACCGUGGAGGGCCCUGCCUCGGGCACCCAGCUCGCAUGGAGACGGCUUGGAGACGCUGAUGCUGACGCAGUGA